UGCAAGCUGUAUGUAUAGCAAGUCAGAGAUCCCUGAACAGAAUGCAAAAAGUGUCUUGGCUAUUGAUGUGGCACCCUCAUUCCACUGAAAUGGAAGGAAAAGACCACGAGGUCACAGAAGGCAAGGAUCAUAAGAAGAAAAGCAAGGUUUUGGGUGUAGAACUAAAAAACUACCUACUGUCUCUUGUGCCACACAUAGAAUCAGCUAACAUCAAAUAUUCUACAUCCAAAGAUGUAAUGUUCCCAGCUGAAGAAGUUAUACAGUGGUCCCAGUCUCUGGAAAAGCUUCUGGAAACCCCAUAUGGUCAAGAUGCUUUCAAAGAAUUUCUGAAAUCUGAGUUCAGUGAUGAAAACAUUGAAUUUUGGCUGGCUUGUGAGGAUUACAAGAAAACCCAAGCUGAUCACUUACAUAGCAAAGCAGAAAGGAUUUAUAAGGAAUUUGUUCAGUCAGAUGCUAUAAAACAAGUCAACAUUGACUUUCACACAAGAAAAGACAUAGCUAAGAAAGCUCAAGACCCAACACCAUCAAGCUUUGAUGAGGCCCAGAGACUUGUGUUUGUACUGAUGGAGAGGGAUUCGUAUCCAAGAUUUCUCAAGUCCAGAUUCUACCUCAAUCUGCUUAGUAAGGUUGAGUGCAACAAUCUCAAGUGAGGACCCUGGAGAGAACCAUGGAUGGGCUUUGAAGAUUUUUUGACACUGAAAGCAGUUUGCAUGUGGCUGGACCUAUAAACAAAAUGGGAGAGUUGAAACUGGGGAUAAAAGAAGUUGGAACUGUCAAUGCCUGGGCUCAUCCACAUGACACUCCCCAGGCAAGGUGUGGGUGCCUAGGCUAUUUUCACCAAGAAGACAUAGGUGAAAGAAAGACUCUAAUGCCUUUGCACUAUUAAGCUAAAGGCCAUUUACCAUGUUGUUAUCUCAUUUCUCAGGAACAACAUAAAGGGAAGAUUGUGCAUCUAUUCAUGUUCUUACCUAUGAGCCAUGUUAUUUAUGUCAUAGUCAAUGCAUCAUCAGUUUCUCAUUCCCUUAUAAUUUAUAGCUAAAUGUAUGAACUGACUCCCUUGAAAAGCAUUGUGGAUGAGGUCUGUUUUUGUUUUUAAAAGGUAUGUGUAAAUCCCUCCUCCAAGCCAUGGGCAAAUGGUAUCACAUGUAGAACUUCCAUUUGUCCUGACCAGGAGAUAUGCAUUCUUUGUCAGUUUAUAGUGUUCUGACAUUGAAUACAAUUUGCUUUUCUAGAGAGACAAAAACAUAUGGCUAAGGGGGAGCUUCUCACUUGAACCUGAACUGAAGAUAAUUCUUUCUUAUGGUUGUCUCAUUUAUCUUUCCACUUUCUGGAAGAGAGGGGCGCAUAUAUAUAUAUAUAUAUAAUCAUCCCCACCAAGCUCUGCGGCUUUUUAAAAGAAAUUAUAAUGAAAAUCAAAUUGUGACCUAUCAUAAUCUUGCAUUUGGGGUAACACUCAGAUAUUUGGUGCCUGAUGGAAAGCUAAUCAGCUCCAUGAAUUGUGGAUAUGUUUCCUGGGAGGGUGGUGAAAUUUCAUCAUCACCACCACCAAAUUGGACUUAUACAUGUGUCAGUAUGCUUACAUUGAAAGGAUCCCCUGAGCUUUCCAGUGGGGAUGUUACUCCACAACAAGUGGCAAAACUGAUGUUUCAAACUGACUAUAUCUUCGUUCCUAAGAUAAGUGAAUUUAUGGACGUUCACAAAAGAAAAAAUGCUCAUUCAUUCUCAUUACCUGCACAACUCUGGCCUCUUUGUGAUAUGAGACAAAGCAUGGGUAAAGUUAGCUACUCAGUGGGGCAGACCACCAUCAAACCUUUGGAUAAUCCACCGCCUGACUUCCCAAGAUGCAGUGACCUCCUGGAGAGGCUUUGCAAGAGGAAGGAAAACUUUUUUUCACUGAAUUUCCUCAAGUUCACUUAUCUUAGUAUCCAAGCCAAUAUGUUUAGGAAUUAAAUCUAUCAACCAAAACAGCAAUCGCUGCUCCAAGUGUAAUCCCAUCUGAUAUAUGAUGCAUUCGGUUAUGUGUGACUUCAGAAUAUUUAGUGUACUGUAUGUUUGAAUCCCAGCAGAUUGGAAUCCUGUAGAUAUAAGCUAGUAUGUGAAUAAUUAUAUUUUAGGAGUUCAUAUACAACAUAGUAAUAUUUAAUUUAUUGCAGGUUGUAAAUUAAUAGCAAAUAACCACAACAUUACAACUAUUUCACAAAC